CUGGCUGCUCUACGCUGCGAUCUCCGUUCUCCAAUCUUUGUAAUAUCUGUUUAGAUACACAUAGUUAUAGUAUAUACAUAUAUUUCGUGUGCUCAGUGGAGCGUCUUCCGCGUUUUGUGGCUGCGUCGCUUAAUUGGCCCAAAAGUAUCUCAAGUGUGUGAUUGUGAAAGUUCCUGAAGCAUAAUGUACGUGAGACGAGCUCUGCUCUUGGCCUGCCUGCUGUGCCUCCAGCCGCUGGGUCCUUCUAUGGCCAGCGAGGAUGAGUCCAAUCCGCUGCUGGACAUGGCCUCCAUGUUCUUCCAGGAGGCGCUGUCCAACCAGAACGGUGGCAACAAUGGAGGAGGCGGAGCUGGUUUGGCGGGUGUGGCCUCGCUAAUUGGCACCUUCAUGCAAGCGAGUGGCAAAUCUGGAGGCGGCGGAGCAGGAGGCGGCGGUGCUGGUGGCGCCAUGCAGAUCCUCUCGGGCCUGGGCAGUCUUCUGUCCAAGAGUCAGGGCGGUCAGGGCGGUGGCUUCGAUCCCUCCAUCAUUGGCAAUGUCCUCGAGAUGUUCACCCAGAGCGAUGACGAGGAAGCCACUCCACAGCAAAAGCGCAGCAAUGGCGGUGGUUCUGAAUCUGGCAUUGGUCUGGAUACCAUACUGCAAGUGGCAUCCGCCUUCAUGAACACCCAGGGCAACGAUAAGGCCACACAUCAUCACCGGCAGAAGCGAUCCGCCGCCGCGGAACCGGAAUCCGACAACGGACUGAUGAACCUUCUUCCACUGGUCAUGCAGGCGGUUAGCUCCUUCGCCGGUCCCGAGGGUCAGAGCACCCAGGAGAAGCACAAGAGCCACGCCUGGGUGCUGCCCCCAUUCCUGGAGCACAUCCACGUGCUGUGGGAUCACUUCUCCAACUCCGAGCUGGCUGAUGCGUUGUACGAGAAGUCCGGCGUUAACAAAAUCAUGAAGGGCUUCAAGGGUUCCGAUGGCAAGCUGGACUAUGAUAAGCUCUUCGAGUCGCUGAACAACCAAUCCUUCCGUCGUCGCUGGAUCAAGUCGGCCACACUCUACCUGGCCGACUGGGCCAGCUACCUGGCCAAUCCCGAGGUGUAUCUCAGGUACUUCCAGACGGCACAGAUCAUGUUUAACGGCCUGCUGAAGUCUCAAGGUUACCCCAAGCAGACCCACUUCGAUCCCUCCCGUCCGGGCGAGACCAUAUCGAACCUCUUGGACCAUGUGGCCAAGCAUCAUCUGAACGUUAAGAUCGAUUCGAGGCAGUACGUCAAGCCGGCCGUGGGCUAUGCCAAGGAACUGCUGAAACUCGGCCAGGCACGCGGAUUACUCCAGUUCAAUGCCACCGAGAUCAGCGACAAGCUAACGGAUACGCUCAACCUGGAGGUUAUUGAACCGGUGCUGAAAGUCCACCGCGCCUACAGAUACAUCUCCAAGUCGCCGCAAUGCGAUCGCUACGUGCUCUGCCAGCUGAAUGCAGCGGCUCUCGAUCAGCAGGAGAAGCAGAGGCAGCACGACCAAUACCAGCAGCACCACCAGCCCAAGCAGACCCAGCAGAGCCAACUGAAUCGCCCGACAUCGGCGUCCAGUCUAAUUGCCGGAGUCAGUCCGAAAAUCGUCAAGAUCGGGAGCAUGGGUGCGGCAAUCUUCAUUAGCACGGAAACCGGUACGCCGUUCUGGACACUCUUCGGUGUGAUCAAUGCGCCAUACAAUUGCGAGGCCAAAUACCCAGUCGACUGCAAUGGUUUCCACGAGGGCGAGGCCAAGGUGACCACGGAAUAUAUCCACAACGAGUUGUAGUAUUCCAGUUGCACAUGGACAACAAGAUCCGGAUGAAAAGUAGGAGACGAAGGCUCAUUAAGACGAUUUAGCUGUAAUUGAGAUAAAGAUUUCGUGUGUAUAUAGUAUUACGGAUUGAAAUAUAUUUAAAUUUAAACAGAA